GGGUUUGUGAGAGCUGAGGACAGGGUCGCACUUGGAAGGGGAAACCGCGGCUUCCCGAGUCCCGAUGCCAAGCCCCGCUAAUCCAGCGCGCACACCACCCACAGUUUGGACGAAUCUCUCGCCUUUCUCGAUUUUCCUCCUCCAGCGCCAAACGAUUCAUCGAUCAAAACGCCCAAUACCGACAAAAUGAACUCCACCCAGCAGGCUGACCAGAACUCUGGCGACAAUGCCGGCAGCGACAAGUCUGGCAACCCCAUGCGCGAGCUCCGCAUCUCCAAGCUCGUCCUGAACAUUUCGGUCGGUGAGUCUGGUGACAGACUUACUCGUGCCGCCAAGGUUCUCGAGCAGCUGUCUGGUCAGACCCCCGUCUACUCCAAGGCCCGCUACACUGUCCGUACCUUCGGUAUCCGCCGUAACGAGAAGAUCGCUGUCCACGUCACCGUCCGUGGCCCCAAGGCCGAGGAGAUCAUCGAGCGUGGUCUCAAGGUCAAGGAGUACGAGCUCCGCAAGCGCAACUUCUCCGAGACCGGAAACUUCGGUUUCGGUAUCAACGAGCACAUCGAUCUCGGUCUCAAGUACGACCCCGGAAUCGGUAUCUACGGUAUGGACUUCUACUGCUGCAUGGAGCGUCCCGGUGAGCGUGUCGCUCGUCGCCGCCGUUGCAAGACCAAGGUUGGUGCCUCUCACCGCAUCAACCAGGCCGAGACCGUCAAGUGGUUCAAGAACAGAUUCGAGGGUAUUGUCCGAUAAAUGCUUUC